GCAGGGAACCGGCAACUAGGCACCAGUGUGGACGCUUGAGGGGCGACCUCCUCCUCACUGAACCCGAGUCCACGUCCCUCCUAGGCUGCAGCCAUGAAGGAGAGACGGACACCGCAGCCAGUGGUGGUCAGAUGUAAGCUCGUACUGGUGGGGGACGUGCAGUGUGGGAAGACGGCGAUGUUACAGGUGCUAGCGAAAGACUGCUAUCCCGAGACCUAUGUGCCUACCGUGUUUGAGAAUUACACAGCCUGUUUGGAGACAGAGGAACAGAGAGUGGAGCUUAGUCUCUGGGAUACCUCAGGCUCUCCGUACUAUGACAAUGUCCGUCCACUCUGCUACAGCGACUCGGAUGCAGUGUUGCUCUGCUUCGACAUCAGCCGUCCAGAGACGAUGGACAGUGCGCUCAAGAAGUGGAGAACAGAAAUCCUAGACUAUUGUCCCAGCACACGUGUUUUGCUUAUUGGCUGCAAGACAGAUCUUCGAACAGACCUGAGCACUCUAAUGGAACUGUCCCACCAGAAGCAGGCACCCAUCUCCUACGAGCAGGGCUGUGCGAUAGCCAAGCAGUUGGGCGCAGAAAUCUACCUGGAGGGCUCAGCUUUCACCUCGGAGACGAGCAUCCACAGCAUCUUCCGGACGGCAUCCAUGGUGUGUCUGAACAAGCCUAGCCCAGUGCCCCCGAAGAGCCCUGUCCGAAGCCUCUCCAAGCGACUACUCCACCUUCCCAGCCGCUCUGAACUCAUCACUUCUACGUUCAAGAAGGAGAAGGCCAAAAGCUGUUCCAUCAUGUGAAGUUGGAGCCGGAGGCGGGGAAGACAGCCCCCCCACUUCCUCCCUUGGGGUACAGAGGCAUGGGGAGAGGGAGG